AUGGGAGACAAGCCAAUUUAGGAGCAGACUGGAUCCAGCUUCACUCAACAUUAUGACCAGUUAUUUGAUAAUGACAGAACCCAAUUAGGCGCAAUUUACAUUGAUGCGUCAUGCCUUACGUGGGAAGGACAGCAAUUCCAGGGGAAAGCUGCCAUUGUGGAGAAGUUGUCUAGCCUUCCGUUCCAGAAAAUCCAGCACAGCAUCACGGCGCAGGACCAUCAGCCCACGCCAGAUAGCUGCAUCAUCAGCAUGGUUGUGGGCCAGCUUAAGGCCGAUGAAGACCCCAUCAUGGGGUUCCACCAGAUGUUCCUAUUAAAGAACAUCAACGAGGCUUGGGUUUGCACCAAUGACAUGUUCCAACUUGCCCUGCACAACUUCGGCUGACCUCCUCCCAGCCAGGCACUCAUGCUGUUUCCUCCUCCCUCUCUUCCCGAUACUAUUCACACUCCUCCAGAUGCUCCAGAUAUCACACCCAUGUGAGCAGGGCCGUGGUGGGAGUGGGCGCAGUGCGCUGCUGCUGCCUAGGUUUUGUGCAUGAUGUUUGGACACUAGACUAGUUACAUCUGACAGGAGAAGUUUGUGUUGUACCAGCGCAUGCCUUGGAAAGACUUAAGUAAUGCAAAAGGUUGUCUCUUUUUUUUUUUUUUUUUAAUCUACUGACAAGUUGCUCUAGUAACCCAAAGAAGUGAAGGAGAAAGCAGCUGCCUCACCGCCCAGACAUUGAUUUGUUCAGAUGUUUCAAUGCCUCAUGAUACAAUAAAACCACAAAAGUUUUCUUAACAGUUUAAAUUGUUUUAAUUAGUUUAAUAGUUGGCUGGGCAUCAAUAACUACCUUGCCCAAUUGGCUCUCAUGUCUCACCCUCCCACCUCUACCCCAACUCAGCAAUGCCUAUUGCGAGGAGAAGACUGCUGAAGCAGCACUCUGAGCUAGCUUCUCUCAGAAGCCCUGUAGGGCAUAGUGCUCCCCUCCCCAGCCCACCUGGUCUUGGGAAAGUGAGCUGCAGACAGGGAGAGCUGCAGUCUGGCCUGAAGCUUCCCUUGCACUGAAGCCUCUGUAGUCAGUUCUGACACCUCCUGUGACCUCUACACUGGGUAGGGUCAGGGCCCUAGUAACAGGACAUAUGACCCAGAGUCCCACUGAACAUGGAGAGGCCUUGCCAAAAAUGGCACAUCAGGUCCAGGUCCUCUGAGCAAAGGUUUGAGGGAGAGGGGCCUAUUUUAUCCCCAGAAGGGUUAGGAUAACACCCAGGGUGCCCCACAAAUACCAAGCCAAGAAGAGGGUAGUUCAGAUCCUGUACCACCUGCUUUAUAGAUAGCUUUGCUCAAAGGCAAGUGUCCAGAACAACCAGCCUCCAACACCCACAGAUGCAGACCUGGUGGUUUGGAGUAUAGAUCAAGAGCUAUGAAGGAAGGCAAUCUGAGUUUGAGGGAUUUGUGCUCUACAAUUUCUCACCUCUUAGACCUCAGCAAGGCAUCAUUAGGCCUCCUAGUCCCUUUCUAACCACACACCUCAUUGUCUUCAAAUCCCAGGAAGUCUUAACUAUUGGGACAGUUUAUGCUCCUCAGUUUUGGGGGACAGAGGCCUUGCCUAUGGCAAAUCUAGCCCUUUAGCUCUGAGGCCUGGUGGUGUAAACCUGGUGGCAAGGUAGCAACCACAGGCUAAAACCAAACCCAGGACUUGGGGUUGGUGCCCUGUUAGGGAUUUUAGGAUUGAUGAGGGCACCACAGCUAUGCCUGACCUGUACCCCCCUUUCCCUCAGCUAUGGAUGGAGGCCAAGGACUUCCUCAGACCCCCAGAGGUUGCCUGGCUGUACUGGGUACAGGGCUGGAUGAUGUGCUGUUUGGUAGAACAGCACAUUGAGCAGAUUUCAGUGGGACUGAUCUAGGUUGCUGUGUGUUGGGGGUGGGGGAGAGAGGUAGGUGCCUGCUGCCUCUUAAAACCACCCUGUAUAAAAUCUGCAAUACAGCUUUUUCCAUGUAUCUGUGCCUGAAAUGUCUGCAAUAAACAGGUGUUUGUAAA